AUGGGAAGUCAGAAUAGCAGCCAAUUGAAAAGUACUGGUGCCGAAACCGACACCACUACGUCGUGGAGUGCCAUGCCCGAAGUGCAAAUCCCAGAUGAUCUCAAGCAUUUAGAGAGAAAAGCGAAAACUGAGGAGGAAAAAGACCAGGAGAGGGAAGAGCGGGCCAGACGAGCGAAAGAACAACAGGAAAAGGAGGAAAAACGAGAGCAAGACAACAACGGCAACGGCAGGAGCAACAACGGCAACAACAGGAACGGCAAAAGCAACAAAGGAAGGAUGAAGACAGAAAUAGAGAGAGCACAAGGGGAAACGAAGACGAGAAAAGAAGAGAUCACGGAAAGAGAGAAGAGCGAAGAGACGAGCGAUGGGAUGAACGGGAUGAACGAAGAAGAAAUAGAGACGAUCGGGAGUACCCCCAGCCGGGAUGAUCGCAACAGAUCUUCCCACCGCGAUUAUUCAGACAGAUCUUCCCACCGCGAUUAUUCAGACAGAUCUUCCCACCGCGAUUAUUCAGACAGCGAAACCGACGAUGGAUGGCACAGG